GGCUACCAGACUGGAUUAUGCCACUCUAGAGGAAAUUUAAAAAUGGACCUUCAAAAAUGCUAGAUUUACAAUGAGAGGUGUCACAAUUCAAUGUUUAUUCUAUGGAUCCUUGAUAUUUGGGAUCUGGACAGCUCUGCUGUGUUUUUAUAUUCACCAUAAUCAUGUAAGCAACUUGGAGAAGAAAAGCCAGGGGCCUGCAUUAAUUUGGUCCCUUGGAAAAAAAUUGCAACAGCAAAUUACCCACGACCCCAAGCAAAUCCCAAGACCGCGUGUAAGAUUUGAAACGCCUGACGAGGAUGAAACUGCAGAAUACAAAACCUUUUUAAAGUUGCGUAAGGAUUCUAACUAUUCAAACUCAGAAUAUAUUGCUGGAUUCUUAAAAUAUGGAUUUAAUGCCAUUCUCAGUAAAAGCUUGGGCAGUGAGAGAGAUGUGCCAGAUACCAGGAAUAAAAUGUGUCUUCAAAAACAUUACCCAGCCGACCUACCUACUGCCAGUGUGGUUAUUUGCUUCCACAAUGAGGAGUUUAAUGCCUUGUUUCGGACCAUGUCCAGUGUCAUAAACCUCACUCCACACCACAUCCUCGAAGAAAUUAUUUUGGUGGACGACCUGAGCUCCGUUGAUGAUUUGAAAGAGAAACUAGACCAUCGCCUGGAAAUUUUUCGGGGAAAGAUUAAAUUAAUAAGAAACAAAAAGAGAGAGGGACUGAUCCGAUCAAGGCUGAUUGGGGCCUCUCGUGCUUCAGGAGAUGUUCUGGUGUUCCUGGAUAGCCACUGUGAGGUGAAUCAUGUGUGGCUGCAGCCCUUGCUGGCUCCCAUUGCCAAGGACCCCAAAAUGGUGGUGUGUCCUCUGAUAGAUCCCAUUGACCAUAAGACCCUAGAAUACAGGCCCUCUCCUGUUGUAAGGGGCGCUUUCACCUGGCAUCUAGAAUUUAAAUGGGACAAUGUUCUCUCUUAUGAGAUAGAUGGACCAGAAGGACCUACUAAACCCAUCCGGUCACCUGCAAUGGCUGGAGGAGUUUUUGCUAUAAAUAGGCAUUAUUUUAAUGAGAUCGGAAAGUACGACAGGGACAUGGAACUCUGGGGAGCAGAAAAUUUGGAACUUUCACUAAGGAUCUGGAUGUGUGGAGGCCAACUCUUUAUACUCCCCUGCUCGCGAGUGGGACACAUCAGUAAGCAUCGCUUUCCAAAUCAACCUGGGCUUAUGAAAGCCGUGACGUAUAACAAUCUCCGACUGGUGCACGUUUGGCUGGAUGAAUACAAGGAGCAGUUUUUUUUACGACAACCUGGUCUGAAAUCUGUUGCCUACGGAAACAUUAGUGAGCGUGUUGAAUUGAGGAAACGAUUGGGUUGCAAAUCAUUUCAGUGGUAUUUGGAUAAUGUCUUCCCAGAACUAGAGACAUCUGAGGGCAGCCAAUGAAAAGGAAACAAAUCAUUUUCAUUUAUGAAGGGCUAAACAUCCCCCAGGUCUUCAACACAGAGAAGAGUGCAAGUUUGGAACAUCAUGAAAUCACGUGACACGCAGUAAGAAAUACAAGCAGAGUGCUGUAGAACAAGA